AUGGAUGAGAUGAAUGUAGCCAUUCUGUCAAAUGGCUCAAGCGUGGUGAUGCCUACAGCAGGGCAAGUCUGUGAAGCCUACUGCAGGGCAAUUCUGACAACAGCUUAUAGUGUGGUCUUAUUUGGAGGCAGCGUUGGCACAAUUAUGAUGUCACACAUGAUGCUCAAGAGGAAAAGCCAAUCAGCGGUUGCCACGAUCAUCAUUAAUAUCAUCGUGCUGCAUUCCCUUCUCCUGAUUAGUCUACCAUUCCGCCUCAGCUACUAUAUCUCAGCAGUCUGGAAGUUUGGAUCUUUUACCUGCCGGAUGGUUAGUGGUAUUAUAUACGCUCACAUGUACUUUACCUUUGUUUUUUAUGUGGCCAUUGUUACACUUCGGUUGCUCAUCUACUUUAAGAAACUCCAAAUGCAACAGUUACAAAAGUUCCAUGCUGUGGCUCUGAGUAUUAUUAUUUGGAUGGCAGGAAGCUUCAUCUUUUUACCAAUAUUUUUUUUACAGUAUGGCACAGAUCCGAGUUAUACAGAGCAACAACGAUGCUUUGAGUUUCAUAGAUCUCUCAACUGCAAGGACAUAAUCAUCACAAACUACUCUAUAAUUGUCAUUAUGAUGACAACAGUUCUGGUCCUCUUUCUGACCCAGCUAAUUGUCAUUCUUCGUUUGAUAAAAGCCUAUUGGCCUGAUAUGUGGGCCCAUCAAGAGUACAGAGCUCAAAUCAAGAGUUUUUUCUUCCUGUUGGUCAUAGUUGUCUGCUUUAUACCCCACCAUGCAUUCAGGAUAUAUUUUAUUCAAAAUUAUCCCGAGCAAGAAAAUUCUAAGUUAAUACUGUACAAUGAAAUCUGUGUUGCUUUAACAGCCUUCUGCUGCCUGGAUAUGUUAUGUUUCAUAUGUGGCGUCAUCCAUUAG